UAGUCCGAGCUUAGUAUGUUUCCUAUGGCUUCCAUAACCAGUACUGAAACAUCUUCUUCUUCUUCUUUGCCUCGACCGAAGUACGAAUAUGAUGUUUUUCUCAGUUUUAGAGGCAAAGACACCCGCAACAACUUUGCGGACCAUCUGUACGCUGCUUUGGAUCGGAAAGGAAUUAAGACCUUUAGGGACGACGAAGAACUUGAUAGAGGAAAAUCCAUUCGGCCAGAGCUCCUGAAAGCCAUAGAAGAAUCGAGGUUUGCCGUCACCAUUCUCUCAAGAAACUAUGCGUCGUCGACGUGGUGCUUAGAUGAACUUGCAAAGAUUGUUGAGUGCAUGAAACAGACGAGGCUCACAGUUUUGCCUGUUUUCUACGGUGUGAAUCCCUCUGACAUACGCCAAGCUGGGAGGGGGAGUUUUGAGAAGGCCUUCGAACGUUUCAAGGAGAACAGAGAGAGGGUGCAAAGAUGGAUAGAUGCUUUGAGAGAAGUCGCCGAUUUAUCCGGAUGGCAUUUACAGGACAGGCCUGAGUCAACAAUUAUUGAAGAAAUUCUUGGGAAGAUACUUGGUCAAUUGAAUUCUAUACCUCCAUUUGUUUCCGAUGAUCUUGUUGGAAUAGACUCUCGGGUAGAGGAACUGACGAAUUUAUAUUUAGGAAUAGGGGUGGAUGAUGUUCGCUUUGUAGGGAUAUGUGGUAUGGGUGGAAUUGGUAAAACAACUCUUGCACGUGCAGUUUACGAAAGAAUUGCUUGUCAAUUUGAAGCUAAUUGCUUUCUUGCCAAUGUUAGAGAAGAAGCAGGAAAAUGUGGUCUUGUUGCUUUACAAAAACAACUUCUUUCCAAUACUAUCCAGACAAAAAGCAGUAUUAAUAUAUGGGAUGUUUACAAGGGAGCUAAUGUGAUUAGAAACCGACUAUGUUCUAAAAGAGUUCUUAUCAUUCUUGAUGAUGUGGAUCAAUGUGAACAAUUACGUGCAUUAGUAGAAAAGCGUUGCUGGUUUGGUCGAGGGAGCAGAAUCAUCAUAACAACAAGAGAUAAGCGUGUGUUGAUUGAACACAAUGUGGCUGAAGAUGAUAUAUACGAGGCUAAAAAAUUGAAUUACGAUGAAGCACUCCAAGUCUUUAGUCGGAAAGCCUUCAAGGAAGACCACCCUGCUAAAGAUUUUGUGGAGCUGUCCAAGAAGUUUUUAAAUUACACUAAAGGCCUUCCUUUAGCCCUAGAAGUUUUGGGUUCAUCCCUGUAUCUUAGAAGUGUAGAUGUAUGGGAAAGUAUGCUAAGUAAACUAAAGGAAAUCCCUGAUGAGAAAAUCCACGAUAAACUUCAAAUAAGUUUUGAUGGACUCCCAGAAGUAGAGAAAAAAAUAUUUUUAGAUAUUGCUUGUUUCUUCAAAUGGGAGGACAAAAAUCGUGUGGAAGAUGUCCUAGAAAGUUGUGGUUACCACCCAAAAAUCGGUAUAGAUAAUCUGAUUAAUAAGUCACUUAUAACCAUCUUCGGAAAAAAAUUGUGGUUGCAUGAUUUGUUAGAAGAAAUGGGUCGGGAGAUUGUUCGGCGUGAAUCUUUUGAAGAGCCUGGCAGACGUAGUAGACUGUGGUUUUGGGAAGACAUCCUUCAUGUGCUGAAGAAUAAUACAGGAACAGAAAGAGUUGAAGGCAUAGCCCUAGACUCUGCUGAUGCUCCAAAGGAAGGAAUACAAUUGAAUGCUGAAGCCUUCUCGAAGCUACCAAACUUAAGAUUUCUCAAAAUUCAUAAUACUGUGCACCUUUGUCAAGGUCUUACUUAUCUUCCUAACAAGUUGCGGGCUAUUGAUUGGCCUGGAUAUCCUUUAAAGUCUUUGCCAAUGAGUUUCUCACCUGAUAAACUCGUUGAACUCAAUAUGCCUUGUAGCUACAUUAAAGAAAUAUGGAAGGGAAAUAAGAAGAGUUUACCCAAGUUAAAAAUCCUUGACCUUAGUGACUCUCCAAACUUGAUCAAGACUCCAGACUUCACUGAAGCGCCAAAUCUUGAGAAGCUGAUUCUUUCUGGGUGUUUCAAGCUCAAGAAGUUUCCAGAAAUUGUGGAAAACAUGAAAUGUUUGAAGAAACUUAAAUUGGAUUGCCCUGACAUAAAAAAACUUCCAUUAUCAAUUGGGCGUUUAUGUGGCCUUACUAUACUGGAUCUAGGAAACUGCCACAGACUUUUGACUCUUCCAAGUGUCAUUUGUAAUUUGACCUCUCUCCAAAAUCUCACUCUAUACGGUUGCUCAAAACUUGAUAAAAUGCCAGAGGACCUUGGGAACUUGAAACGACUGAAAGUACUUAAUGUUGGUAGAACGGCUAUAAGACAAGUACCAUCCUCCAUUCAAAAAUUGAAGAACCUUAAAGAUUUAUGCUUCGGUGGAUGUAAAGGUCUUUUGGUGCAUCCUACUUCAUUCUUAGGUUUAUGCCAUUUGACAACAUUAGAUUUGAGUUAUUGCGAUUUACCGGAUGGAGCAAUUCCCAAUGAUCUCAGCAGCAUGUCGUCGUUGCAAAUUCUAGAUUUACGUGGAAACAAUAUUGAGCACAUACCUGAGAGCAUCUCUCAACUUUCUAAGCUUAAAAUAAUUUUAUUGAGAGAUUGUAGCAGGUUUCGAUCAUUGCCAAAACUUCCACCAAAUGUAGUAUAUGUACAGGCUGAUGAUAGAACCUCAUUGAAAACGCUUUGUAAGGAAAUGUUUGGACGGAAUACAGAAGGACAACACCUGUCGGAAGUCAUUCGUCAUCUUUCCAAACUAAAGUCUGAGAUGCGGGAAACACAUUAUAGGGAAACUGAUGCACUGAUAUCAGCAGUUAUUCGCCAUCUUUCCAGACUAAAGUCUGAGAUGCGGGUAACACUUUUAAGUGGAAUUGAGGCACUGAUACCAAUUCUCCUCUCGGUAGUCAUUCGUUAUCUUUCCAGACUUAAGUUUGCGAUGCAGGAAGCACGUUCUGGGGAAAUUGAUGCACCGAUUUCAGAAAGAUACCUCGAAGCAAUCAUUCGUCAUCUUUCCAGACUACAGUCUUGGAUGCGGGAAACACGUCCUUGGGAAACUGAUGCACUGAUAUCAGCAGUCAUUCGUCAUCUUUCCAGACUAAAGUCCAAGAUGCCGGAAACACAUUCUACGGAAACUGCACUGAUAUCAGAGGCCAUUCAUGAUCUUUCCACACUAAACUAUGCGGCCUCUGCGGUGCGGGAAAAGCAAUCUAGAGUAACUUUUAUGUUAAUUUACAUACUAAUUCGAUUUGCUUGCAAUACAUUAGGGUUUUGGUCAAGUCUAAGGGCUAUCAACAAAUUUAAGAAUUUUUUUUUAAGAUUAAUCAUUGAAUAUUUAGGGUUCAUAUGUCAAAAAAAAAAUUCAUGGUUGAUCAUAAAGAGUUGUGAUUGGUGCGCAACACAAUUGCUCAACAAUUGCACAACACAAGAUAUAUGGGGUGGGACCCAUGUGGUGGGUUCCACUCACACGAGUCUCUUGUUUCGUGGAAGUGCCAUUUUUUGUUUAAGUGUUUGGACAUUGUGUCAUGCAAAAAUAUUUUUCGAUCAUAAAAAGAAGUAGUUAGAUAAAAAGAACUAAUUAGAGCUGUGCAAG